UCUAUCUCCAGGCCGAGGUAGUAGGUUAAGGGGCUUAAUUCAUUUACAUCGCUUGUCGCGUGAUAUUUCUAGCCUUGCUCAUUAUAGCAUUAGAGCUCGACAACCGGCGCUCCCAAUGAGCCCCAUGAAGUCGACCCAGACCCACCUAACACAACAACAGACCAAAACAACGAUUCGACGAGUAGGAUUCACCGUCGUCGUACGAGUAAAUUCUCUGAGGCCGCUUCCGAAGCCCUAUUAAAUUCCAGGUCAGAACCUAACACACAAGUCGAGACUCCUGACGGGGCACCCGACGAAGAGAUGACACGAACUCGAUCAGCAACGACUGGCGACCUAAGCCACGACAUGCUGCCGACCAUACGAUUCUCCGCAUUCUACGAUGCCCGCUCAAAUCGGCCAUCCCUUUCGUUUACCCCGAUAUCGCGGACAUUACCUACCGGCAAAGAGACGAUUAAGGUUGGCAGAUAUUCGGAACGAGAAAAUCAUGCCCUCGUCCCAAUCAACACACCGUCAGCCGCCCCCGUAGGCUUCAAGAGCAAGGUGGUGAGCCGCCGUCACUGUGAAUUUUGGUUCGAGAAGGGAAAAUGGUACAUCAAGGAUGUAAAGAGUUCUUCCGGUACUUUUCUUAAUCACAUCCGUCUCAGUGCGCCGGGUACCGAGAGCAAACCUUUCCCUAUCAAUGACGGCGACAUCGUGCAACUCGGAAUAGACUUCAAGGGUGGAGAGGAGAUGAUCUAUCGAUGCGUCAAGAUGCGCAUAGAGUUGAACAGAGGCUGGCAAUCGAAGCCCAACACUUUCAACAUGGCAACACACAAGCGGUUACGAGAUCUAACCUCAUCUUCGUCAGCUCACGCCCAAGAUUGUUCUAUUUGUCUAAACGCGAUAGCACCUUGCCAAUCUCUCUUCGUUGCACCUUGCUCCCAUACUUGGCACUACAAAUGCAUCCGGGAAAUGUUAACCGGGCCAUCGUGGCCAAUCUUCAUAUGCCCGAAUUGCCGAGCUACUGCCGACCUGGAUGCCGAAGUAGAUGAGCCGUCCGAUGAAUGGCAGCAGCUAGACUCGGGGAUAGAAGACGCCCAAGAAGAGAAGCCUAUACGCCCUGUUUCUCAAGCAAAUGAGAUUGUUGAAUCGCCGGCAACUUCGCCAGUUGACAGCAACAGUGACGGGCAUCAGUCGUCCAACGAAGUUGAUGUAGGCGAUAUGACAAUAAUGCAGGUCGAUAGCAGCGCGGUGCAGACAGGUUUAUUGAGGCACGCUGCAACAGAACCAGUCCCCAUACCAAAUGCGACACCUCGCAUGAGUAACGGCGAUCGGUCUGCAACAAAUCGAACACCAUCUCCGAAUAGCCACCCGUUAACCAACGGGCAUGAGGGCCCAAUCACCCCCCGUAAUGACGCAGGUCCAUGGGUAUUUGAUGGCAAUCCCUCACGAGUUAGCCAGGAGAGCACUAGGCGAAAUGGCAUGACCAGCUUAGACGCUGCGGCACAGGCAGGAGUCGAAAGAUCAUAGAGUGUCUUUCUGACUUUAUCCGGCCUCCAUCCACUUUACAAGGGGGAAAGUCUGCUAAAAUGUUACUCCCGUACUUGGCGUACAGCUAGAGGAUUCAAAUCCGAGGAGAAUGCCACGAUCUUAGAGGUGCCUAUCCGUUGACAUUCGGCAUAGACAUUGGUCGUAUGGUUGUGGUGUUUUAU